CCACCCCAGGCCCUCACUCGCAGUGGCUCAGCGGAGUUGACCGGAUCACAGCAUCCCAGGCCGGCCUGAUCUGCUCCAUAGUUCUAUAGUGUUUCGAAUGGCAGCUAUGCAGUUCUCGUCCAGGGUGGUGCGCGUGGUGGCGUCCGUGCUGCUGGUGCUAUGUGCGACCUGCGCCACGCUGGUCACGGCGCAGGUCAACUUCUCGCCCAGCUGGGGUAAGCGGGGCGCGCCGCAGCAAGAAGCCUGCAAGCCCUCCAUGGACUCGCUCAUGUACCUCUACAAACUCAUCCAGGAUGAGGCACAGAAACUAACCGACUGUGAGAAGUUCGCAAACUGACUCCCCGCACAUCACCUGGUCGGCCAACACGCCCUGGCCCGGGCCUGGCCCUGCCCACGUCCCUGCAGUCUGCACGCUUAGAUUAUGUUCCGUAAGACUUGUCUGGAGAUCCUGUUGUUGUAGUGAAGUAGCGGUGCAAAUUCGCUGGAUUUGCCGUGCCUCUGUAUCUGCGCGUUUUGGAUUCAUUAUGAUAGUGUAACUUAGAAAUAAAAUAGAAUAAAGAAAGAA